GAUGGAGAAGUAYGAGAAGAUGGGGAAGAUUGGGGAGGGAUCCUACGGUGUGGUCUUCAAGUGCAGAAACAAAGACACGGGUCAGAUCGUGGCCAUCAAGAAGUUUGUGGAGUCUGACGACGACCCCGUCAUCAAAAAGAUCGCUCUGAGGGAGAUCAGGAUGUUGAAGACAUUGAAACACGCCAACCUGGUAAACCUGAUCGAGGUGUUUCGCCGUAAACGGAAGCUUCAUCUGGUGUUUGAAUACUGUGACCACACGGUUCUGAACGAGCUGGACCGCCACCCCAGAGGAGUCCCGGAGCAUCUUGUCAGAAGUAUAACCUGGCAGACCGUUCAAGCCGUCAACUUCUGUCACAAACAAAACUGUAUCCACAGAGAUGUGAAGCCCGAGAACAUCCUCAUCACCAAACACCAAGUCAUCAAACUCUGUGACUUUGGCUUUGCCAGGAUCCUCACGGGCCCUGCUGACUACUACACUGACUACGUGGCGACUCGCUGGUAUCGGGCCCCCGAGCUGCUGGUGGGGGAUACCCAGUACGGCCCCCCGGUUGAUGUUUGGGCGAUCGGAUGUGUGUUUGCUGAGCUGCUCUCAGGAGUUCCUCUGUGGCCUGGGAAGUCGGACAUGGACCAGCUGUACCUGAUCAGAAAGACUCUCGGAGAUCUGAUCCCUCGACACCAGCAGGUCUUCAGCAACAACCAGUUCUUCUGUGGAGUUUCCAUCCCAAAGCCACAAGAGAUGGAUCCUUUGGAGCAGAAAUAUCCAAAUCUGUCACCUCAAACUGUGAGCCUGAUGAAGAGCUGUCUGAGGAUGGACCCGGCCGAGCGGCUGAGCUGUGAGCAGCUGCUGCAGCAUCCCUACUUUGACAGCAUGAGAGGCCAGAGCGAGAGCCGCAACAACAACAGGAGGACACAUUUACCUCGCAGACACCUGCUGCCUGGGUAUUUGCCACAGUUAACUGGAAGCAGCAUCUUUCCAUCUCUGGACAAUAAAAAGUACUACAACAACCUGCGCAAGUUCAACUACCACCUUCCCAACAUCUGAACGUCUGGCUCCAAACUGAACAGAAUGCCUGCCUUGACUGCCUAGAACUGGACUUUAUUUGUUCAGAACAAUGUAGAUUUUUAUUUUGUUUUUACUUUUUCUUGUUUGUUCCUCAAGUGUUGUGCCUGACUGUYCUUUACUGAUGUUAAUCUAUGCACCAUGUGUGGGUUUCUGUAGGAUCCAACAGCAUUUCAAGCUGAUUUAGUUUUUAGUUUUUUAAAGAUGUGUAAAGACAAAGAGUGAUGCUCUGUUGUGAGUAGACAGGAGGUAAAACUACACGUACUGCCCCGCCUGGUUUGCCAAAUGUAUUUUUAUAUGAUGAGGGACUGUUUCAGAGUGACGUAAAUAUGUAGCAAGUUUAAUAWUUAAUAUUUUGGUAAGCUGCAACUCAAACGACUCUUGCGCGUUUCUSAAUAUAUUUAUUGACACCUGAGUGCAGAGGCAAACAUUAGCUCCACCCACCUUAACUUACAUUCAUCUAAAGUCAAACAACUUGUUGUGUUUGUUGCUGGAACUCUGGUGCUAAGGAUGUUUUCAGCCUUCUGCCUGUCCUCAGAUCAUUUAUGAAAAAUGCCAAAAUAAAGAGAAAAGAACUGAAACGACA